CAGGCACAUGGGCCAACGCCGCUCGCCGCCGCCUAGGGGCAUACAGGGCAGAGUCAUAGAGUUCCCAGUCCUCCUAUUAGCAGAGGGGACCUUUAAAAAAAAAAGCCGAUAAGGGAAGAGCGGCUUGUCGUCCGCUCAUAAUAAUGUACUUCCGGGUGAAGAGGCUGCUCCUUCCUGUCCCGGCCGCCAACGUGCUGAGCGCUUUGAGGCCCGCAAUUUUGAGCGGAACGGUUUGGGGUUGCCAUGACGACUUGAGGAGACCGAACCAAGGCCUAUGCAGGUUAGUCGGCGUUAACUGAAUUGUUUCAUAACUGAGAGGCAAUAUUUAUGGCCAGAGAGAGGAGCGUCUGUUUUCAAAGAGUUUUUAGCUUAAUACAGGAUGUGGGAAGAAGCGUUUGGGCCUGGCGUCAUGACCAGGCGAAGCUCAAAGCUGCUUUCUGGGGAACUCAGUCAUGGAGCGGACUGAGUGAAGGCGGUGAAGGUCCUGUGUGAGUGCCUGGAGGCGGUUGGAGGAUGGAUGGCGGCUAACGGAUUGAGGUUGAAUCCUGACAAGACAGAAGUACUGUUUUUGGGGGACAGGAGGCAGGCUGGUGUGGGGGACUCCCUGGUCCUGAAUAGGGUAACUGUGCCCCUGAAGGACCAGGUGCGCAGCCUGGGAGUCAUUUUGGACUCACAGCUGUCCAUGGAGGUGCAGGUCAAUUCUGUGUCCAGGGCAGCUGUCUCCCAGCUCCAUCUGGUGCGCAGGCUGAGACCCUACCUGCCCAUAGACUGUCUUGCCAGAGUGGUGCAUGCUCUGGUUAUCUCUCACUACUACAAUGCUCUCUAUGUGGGGCUACCUUUGAAGGUGACCCGGAAACUGCAAUUAAUCCAGAAUGCGGCAGCUGGACUGGUGACUGGGAGUGGCUGCCGGGACCAUACAGUAUAACACCGGUCCUGAGAGAUCUGCAUUGGCUCCCAGUACGUUUCCGAGCACAAUUAAAAGUGUUGGUGCUGACCUUUAAAGCCCUAAACGGCCUCGGUCCUGUAUACCUGAAGGAGCGUCUCCACUCCCAUCGUUCUGCCCGGAUGCUGAGGUCCAGCGCCGAGGGCCUUCUGGCGGUUCCCUCAUUGCAAGAAGUGAGGUUACAGGGAACCAGACAGAGGGCCUUUUAGGUAGUGGCGCCCACCCUGUGAAACACCCUCCCUUCAGAUGUGAAGGAAAUAAGUAGCUAUCCUAUCUUUAAAAGACAUCUAAAGGCAGCCCUGUUUAGGGAAGUUUUUAAUAUUUAAUGCUGUAUUGUUUUUAACACUCGAUUGGGAGCCCUCCAGAAUGGCUGGGGAAACUCAGCCAGAUGGGCGGGGUAUAAAUAAUAAAUUGUUGUUGUUGUAAAUAAUAAAUUGUUGUUGUUGUUGUUGUUAUCCAGGUGCAUCCUUCUGCCCCCACCCCUGACAUCACAUAGGUCGUGAGGUAUGGGAUAGGUGGGGGCGGUUCAGGGAAAAUGGCAACUUGGGUUGAGCCAAAUUUGGCCCAUAGACUAGCGAUUCCCAACCCCUGUUUUGGACUAUAACUCCAGGUGUGGUGGCUAAGGCCAGAUUAUAAACUAACCCAUGUAGGAGAUGGAGAAAUAUAUUAUAUCCAGUGCUUUUUUUCUAAAAAAAAAUAUGUUUAGUGGUACUCUCAUUUUGACUCAAGAAAAUCACCAUUUAAUAGUUCAAAUCGGAAAGAAUAAAUACAGUAAAUGGACAAAAAUGCAAAGAUUCACAAAAUGUUUAGGGGUAUGUGUACACCUGCGUCCCCCCAGAAAAAGCACUGAUUAUGCCUAUCUCAUAUAUAUAUAUAUAUAUAUAUAUAUAUAUGCAUGCAUAUACAUCCUAAGGUAUGUGGUUAUUUGCUACGGUGCAAUAGGAAGCUCACAUUAAUCAAGGCCCAUUGUGCCCAUUAUGUUGGUUAACCUUCAUAAUAAAAUGCUUCCCUCUCGAUUGCUUUUAAUACUAAAAAUAGCCUCAAGCUAUAUAAGAGAGAGGGCAUGAUUCAGUUUUAAUAUAUGUCUGUAUUCUUUAAAGUUUAAUAGUAAGAAUCCUGUUAUACAGGUUUCAUUUUAAUUUUUAAUUACAGCAUCUGUUACUUUUCUAUUAUUGAUUGGAUCUACCCAGCUUCUGGUUCUCAAAAGCUCUUCCCACGCUAAAUCUUCCUGGGUCUCUGGUUUAUUUUUCUCUUGCCCUGCUCCACAUUUGGUUUAGUUGCUCACUCUGAUGUGUUUUUGAUAGUGUGGUUUUUCAGUGUCCACCCUUUAGUGUACGUAGCUUCCUUGGAUGUCUUGAUGACGGGAAGGUGGGGUAAAAGUGUUUAUAGAUGUUUUCUUGCUGUUCAUCUUUGCAUCCUGUCCAGCCCAUUUCAGACCUGUAAACUGGAAUCCACUCACAUGAUACUGGCUCUGUCUCUCUACAUUACUUACUUUGGAGUUCACUAUUAACUCUGACAUCUCUUUCAUAAAGCUUCAAUGUUGCAUCUUAGCCCAUUUUCUUACACCCAUAUUUCAUCUUUUUUAAAAGAAGAAAAACAUCAGCAAAAGCUGUACAGUUUAUUUCACCAUUGUAUACAUUUAUUUAUUUUUUGGACACAAAAGUAGAAAUAUUGUGCCCUUUGAAAAACUUUCCCCAGCCAAGUGGCCUCCAGAUUUUUUGGGUUACAACUUUCACCAUCCCAUUGUAGUCCCAACAACAUUGGGCGUGGAUGUGUGCCAGUUUGGAGAAGGCUGACUUAAAACAAUGCACUAAAAUGCACCAUAUUCCUGUUGAGUGCUACAUUUCUCCCCACCACAUUCCUCAGAGCUUUUUGUCCCUUUCCUUGCUAUGAAGCAGAACUUGAGACUUGCCUUGAGACACCAAGUAGGGGCUUAGAAGCAAUGACUAGCAAGGUGCUUUUUUGGUGUAUGUAGUUAGAAGCAGGGUGGAUAAAGUCAGUUAUUUUAAAAAUAAAUGAAUAAAUCAGAUUUUUAAAUUUAAUUUCGAUUUUUUUUAUUUAAAUUGGAUUUUUUAAAAUUUUCCUUUUGGAGGAAAAAUCUUUCUAAAGAUGGUUUUCUAUUUAAGUUACAUUAUAGUCCAAAUGCUAUUCAUCAGGAAAUAAGGAUUUGUUUUUAAUUAUGUAGCAUGAGGCUUUACAUGCAAUGUUUAAAUUUUUAGGUAGAUGAAUUCCAUUAAUCUGUUCACAAUGUCAUGCUCAUCCAGAGCUUUCUGUAAGAUUAUUUGGGGCAGCUUUUCUAACGAGAAGAUAUUAUCACAGAUGCUUGUUUUUGCAGUUCUCAAAAGGGUGAAUUUGUGUCUGCAGAGAUAACAUGCCUUCUCUUCACAGGGGGGACCAUAGGAAAAAUAAACAUACAGAGUUGAGGAAAAAACUUUAAUCCCAUUGUUCCUUUGCAAAUUUAUAUACACAGAAUCAACCCCUUACCAAAUGCUAAGUUCCAAGAGGUUCAAUGAACAGAUUUGUUUUGAAUGGAAUAGAUCUGCAUAAGUAGCUAAGUGUGAAGCAGUAAAAAUGAAAGUGCAACCUUGUGAGCAGAAUACUCCGCAAGUCUUGGGAUCUUUGUGUAAUAAUUGUGCAAGUCAGUAAUUUUUGAUAAAACUGUAAAAAGCACUCUGAAAAUUUAUUAUUCCAAAAAAUGAAACCUUCAUCUCGCUGUAAAUAUUAAGAUUAUACCACCAAGAAUGAGUAUUUCUGUAAAAAAAUAAAAACGAUUUAAACCAAGUCUUAUUGACUAGUGAUUUAAAUUGAUUUGAUUUAAAUCAAAUUCACCCUGGUCAGAAGAAAAUGCUGACUCUCCACCAAUAAGAUAUGGACCACCUGCUCUCUUGUGUCAGUCUCUGGCUGCCUUUUUGUCCACACAUUUGGUGCAGUGAGGUUUAUGAUGCCCCUCUGCUCAGAAACAACCCCCAGGGGUAUUAGACGCUUAAUGAAGGGGUGGAGAACCCUCAGCCCUUCAGGUGCUGCUGGAGCACAUCUUGUAUCAUUCCUGACUAGUGGCAAUGAUGACUGGAGCUGAUGGAGAUUGGAUUGGAAUCCACAUCCCUGCUGUAAAGUGUUAGGGACGGCUUCAUGUUUCACACAACAGCUGCUGGGAGCACACAUCUGUCAUUUUUUCACCCAAAAUGUCAGUUCCAGCAGAAUUGACAACCACUGCUCUCCUCUACCGGAUAAGCACUCUGACAGAGAGCUUCUAUUUUAGAGCAGGAAUCGGGGAAGCCUGUGGUCCUUCAAGCACUGUAGGGCCAUUGGCUGUGCAGCCUGGGGUCCGUGAGAGCUGGGAGUCCAGCAAGUUUGAAGAGCCACAGGUUCCCCAUAAACAAUGUGUGAAAAGUCAGCCAGCUCUCCCAAAUCAUCUUUUCAGGAAUGUCUGGUGCUGAUUCUCUUUGGUCAUGUGAAUUCACCUUUAGUGGCAACCACACCGUCACACAGUUUUCACCUUGGUUUAAGGAUGCUCACUGUGACAGGCUUGGUAGCUUUCUCAUUUAUUGCUCAACUAAAGGUCAUCACAGUUUAAAACAACAACAGCAGCUAUUCAUCGUAUAGAGAACUUGAUGAGGCGUGAUAAGAAUAUGAGAAUUCUGCCUUGUUGAAUCAGAGGCAAGGUACAUCUGUCUCGUACAGCAGGCUGGUGAUAGCCUUUGCCUGUUUGCCUCUGGUGUUUGGUGUUAAAUCAUAUGCUGCCUCUGUGCCCAGAUAUCCCAUGUAUCUCAUAGCUGAGCCAUCUAAUCUUCUGGCUGUCCCCCCUCUUGUGGUAGGAAGUUCCAUACAUUAAUUCCAUGUUGCCUGAAGAAAGACUCGUGACGGUGCCAAGCCCUCUGCUUGGGUUACCUGAGAGGAGGCUUAUCCCUGCUCUGUGGUUUCUACCGGCACCCACAGCCCUCCACCACCAUGUCCUGGUACGUCUUCAGGACCACCAUGUCGUGUUGGUCCAGGUAGAGCAUAGCGAUGGGGCUGAGGUCCGUCGGGACGCAGCACGCCUUGGGCACCCUGGAGUUCACCGAGCUCAGCAUAGUCUGCACCACAGCAUGGCUGGAGGAGUUCAUGUGGUCGGCUAGCGGGAACCGGCACUCCCCGGAGCAGUAGAAAGCAUGGUAGCCGCUGGGGGCAACUAUCCAGUCGUUCCACCCAACUUCCUUGAAAUCUACAAACAGGCGCUGCCUCCGGCACCUUGUGCUGGCUUUGGCCUUGGGCUUCAGGCCUUUGCGUUUGCUGCGGGAGGCUGGCCCCUUGGGGGCUCUUCGGCCUCCUUUCUGGGUUAGCCCACCCGGCUGGCUCCUGCUUUGUCUCUUCCCACGAGUCAAAGGCUGCCCCCUCCGGUCGUGACUGUAGGUGACCAGCAGAGGCCUUUCCAGAGCCCACUGGGCCUCCUCCUCUCCGGGAGACCGCCUCGGGCGAAGCGGAGCCUGGUGCUGAGGAAGCUCGUGGCUGCCGUUGGGGCGCUCCACCUCAAUGAGAAACCCAAGGUGGUGCCUUUGGCCCUCGGCCCUCUGGAAAGCAGCGGUCACGUCAAAGCUCUCCCACCUGGGCUGCUUGGGAGCCAAGAAUCUGCGAGCCAGGAGGAGACUGCUCUUGUUUCCGGAAACGGGUAGGGGGCCCAUUGCGUGGUAUAUGUUGAUGUGGAAACCCCUGCUUUCCUUCUGCGAGUGGUACAGGCGCAGCUCCAGGGCGGUCAGCUCCUCUUCCACAGGCAGCAAGGUCAGGUUGAACAGGAAGUAGAGCGAACCAUCUACAGCUUCAGGGGUGUUUUCCAGAUCCUCUAGAUGUGAAACAGAAGCCGGAAAGGGAUUGAGGACUGAGUGUUUGGGGCUGGUGUGGGGAGCCUUGCAGAUGCUUCUGAACUACAGCUCCCAUCGCCCCUGGCCAUGAGCCAUGCUUGCUGGGUCUGGUGGGAGUUGUAUUUCAGCAACAUUCACAAAGGCUGCCCAUGCCAGGACUGCAGGAAUUGCCUUCUUGCGUCCAACCAAGUGUCCAUCUAGCCCAUCUGUGUUUUGCCCCCUGCAUCCAGCCAGAUGCUUCUAAGAAGCUCUCAAGCAACAGCUGUUCCCUGUAAAUUGUCUUAAAGUUAUUGCCCUAACUUUUUAAAGUAAAAGAAAAUACUUAUUUGUGGCUAUUCAGUGUGCAGCACUUUUUUCUUAGACUGUUUUGGGAUUUUUAAAGAAUCAGAACUGUAUUUGGCAUCCCUUUCUGUGAAGUGGCAUGUCCUUGCCUGAAGUGGUGCAGGGCUCCUGGCUCUGCUGAUAACGCAAGCGCCUCCUACCCUGUGUGUGGCUCUGUUGCCUUGCUUGCUCUGCAGGUGGCGCUGUAACCCAAGGCAAAUCAUACGCCUCCCAAAACCCAAGAGGAAAAAAGAAGAGAUCUUCCUUAAGUAAGCAAAGCAUGGGGGCAUUCUUGAAGUAUCUUGGCAUUAGGGAGCUUUGCUUUCCUUCCUCCUCGAUGGAGCGUGUUUGACCCUCAGAGUCAAAAUCACAAUUGUAGAGUUGGAAGGGACCACAAGGGUCAUCUAUCAGUGCAACCCCCUGCAACGCAGGAAUCUUUCAAUGUGGGGUUUGAACCCACAACCCUGAGAUGAAGAGUCUUGCGCUCUCCCAACUGAGCCUUCUACCAGGUCAGGCUAUUUGUCAGCCUCUUAUUGUCAGCCAUGGCUGGCAGUUGCUCUCCAAGGACCGGGGCAAACAGAGGGGCUUUCCUUUUAACUGGGGGUGUCAAGGAUUGAACUUGGGACCUUCUGCAUGCAAAGCAAGGUUCCUGCCUGCUGAGCUACCUCUUUUUCCCUUUACGCAGUGCGGCCGCUUAUCUACAGCUUUCCACCUCUCCUUUAUCCCUGUCCCUGGCUCCUGGUUUUGUGCAGUCACUUCAGGGAUGGAGAGCCUGUGGCUGUCUCUAGUUGGACUCCAGCUCCCAUCAGCCCCUGCAGCUGGCAUGGCCAAUGUUCAGGGAGAUGAUGGGAGAUGAUGAUAGUCUAGCAACUCCUGGAGGGCCUGGGUUAAAUUUCCCCACUUUUCUCCCCUCUGCUGCUACCCCAACCAAUUUUUCAAGGCCCCAGCCACCCCAGCGGCCCAAACGUGGAAUUUGAAGGCGGACGUGGCAAUCGCAAGCUCACCAACAUGGUGGAAGGUGCGGAUGGUGUUGGCUCUCCCGGCUUGUUCCUCCAGGAAGGGAAGCUCUGUCUCUUUGAGGGAGGAGGGAGCCUUCCCCAAGCAGAACUGGUACAGAUCCAGAAGAUAUUGGGGGACCACAAGCCCCGCCCUUGGCUCCGGGCGCCGUUGCAAGCCCAGGCGUCUCAGCAGGAUGGUUUGGAGGGCUUGGAUAGGGACCUGCUUUGAGGAGUCAUGCUCGCCAGCAGUUCCUGGAGAGGCCGCUAGGAGGCCUCCAGAUCUCCAGAAUUCAAGAGGUAUAAGCAGGACCACCAAAACAGCCAAGUUACCAGAAACCAUUGUGGAACUGGGGAAGGCAGAGGGAAGACAAAGACAUGGUUGGUGAAUGUGGCUUGUAGACAGAAUUGGAUUUCCUGGCUUGUUUUUCCCUUUUCGUCUCCACUCCCUGCCGCCGCCCCCCAAAGAAACCAGAAAAUAAAAGAAUGCAUUCGACUUGGAAUAUGUAUACUGUAGAUUAAAGUAUAGUUAAAGGGAGCCAGUCAAAAAACUGGGUUGCCUUUUUAGCAUCGUGCCCCCUGCUGGUAGUGGGGGAAAUUACCCCAUGCUGCACAUCAGUAUAAUUUGAUGCAGUUCAGUUAAUUCUGUGGCAUUAGGAUAUAGCCUCAGAGAGUGUAUGCGUGUUAAAUUUCUCCCAGACCGUCUCUGCAGGAUGCUGCAGGAAAAUUGCUAGCAGAGGUCUUAGUGAGUACGAAAGAAGCCUGAAGAAAGAUGCCUCUGCUGAGACUUUUGAACAGAGCAAAACCCUGGGGAGUUCAGAUCCCUUUAUUUUAUCAAGUGCACAUUUUGCUUUGCAAAAGGGUUUCAGUGCCAAAAAAAAUGUGUUGCGAGAAGGCAGAGGGGCUUCUUGGAGCAAGCGAGUUAGAUUAUUGAGAGUGAUGUGUGCUGCGUUUUUUUGUUUUUGUUUCAAGAGCAUGUCUUUUGCCUUUGAAAGAAUUCUGCUGUAGAUAAGAGAAAGUCCUGGCCUUUGUUAAUGUCUUGACAUCCCUGCUCUUCCUUGAUCUUCCAUUUGCCUAGGCUUGGGGUGGGCAAUCUUGCCUGAUGCCUCACUCACCCUCCCCGUAGCUUACCACAGAGGAAGUCAUCCUCUGUCAUCCAUAGAAUUGUAGAGUUGGAAGGGUCCGCAAGGGUCAUCUAGUCCAACCCCCUGCAAUGUAGGAAUCUCAGCUAAAGAAACCCUGGCAGAUGGCCACCCAAUCUCUGUUUUAAAACCUCCAGCGGAGGAGAACCCACCAAUGAAGGAGAAAAACUGAGGCACAGAGAGCUUGCCAUAUAACACCCACGAAAUGGGCACAAUUUGCUACAGGCCGACAUUUGCAACUAGCCUUGACCAUAAGCACUCAAGUCAGCUGUACCCCGGAGAUUGCACAAGCCCUUUGAGGUGUUGUGCAGAUGAAUGUGGGAAGAUUCUGGAACGGUGACCGUAGCCUUGCCCUCAACGUGGCACCAUGCAACUAGUUGGGUGUGGUUUCUGCCAGAGAUGGGCAGGCAGACUGGCAAGUGGGUGGAGCUUCUCAUGAGGGCAUCUUGCUGCUGGAUGCUAUCUUGAGACACCCUUUUCACCAAGCCUUGGUUAAUACAUGUAAAAUUAGCAGAGCAAGCAAGGGCCCAUCCAGGGCACUGCCCAUAAGAGCCCUCUAAGCACGUCCACAAGGAGGGUAGUGUUGCUUUUCUGAAGUGUUGUUGACAGUGUGGAUGUCCAUCCCCCCCUCGCCCCGCUCAGAAGUACUUACUUGCAAAGGUUGAGGCUGUUGGCAGGCAUCCAUUUUCCCCACUCCUGCAAAUCCAGCAGCUUUUCCUUGCCGUUAGGUCUCUCCCAACCUUGCUGCUGCUUCUCUCAGGUCGCCCAAGCCAGGGAACAGCCCGCACUGCCCCAUGGCCACCCCGCUUCUCCCCAGCGACCUACGUCGUCCUUCCCUCGCUCGGCAAGUGAGCCAGAGGCCGGCCAGCCUCCCAGCUCUUCUCCAGAGCGCUGGGGCUCUGCCCACCCUGCCUGUGGAGGUGCCGUCCUCGCUGCCUUCAGGAUGUGAUGUCAACCAGGCCAGGAGGCCGAGCCAGAACAAACAAGUUUGUUGUGAGUUGUCGCCUCUUCGCUCUCUUCAGCACAGCACGGUGGCCCAUUUUCUGGACUCGCCACUCGCUUCGGCCCUGCCAGGAAGGCGAGAGAGCUAUGCCAGCUCUGCUCCCAGGUGAGGAACAGGAGGCGAAUUGCAUCUCCACCCCAGAAAAUUAUGGGACAUCUGCUUCACCAGUUAACAGCUGGGCCAAGGACACGAGGUGGCCAAAUUUGGCCGACUCUUCAUCUCCCCGCCCGGUUAGCAACAGGCCUUCAAAAACACCCAGAAGGUGCUGCUACCAUGAGCCAAAAUGGGCGACGUGACGCUGUUUGAAGGCCAACCCUUCCAGUCUGAAAUUUGGGCUGCUUACCACCUGGAGCUGACGUUUAUCAACCUGCUACUAAGACACACUGAAAAACAGGGAUAGGUCACCCACCCCAACGCUUCGCUUGGCACGGGGCUAGUUUCCCAGCGUUUGUGCUGGCAGCCCAAUUUACAAGCCUGCAAAGUCAAUGCAGGCUUUUACAUUGCAGCUUUGACUGUCCCCCCCCCCCCCCUUCUUCAAAGUAACACGUGCGAUUAUUCUCAGGUCGCGUUCAAACAGAACCUGGUGCCGUCCCAAAGGCAUGAGCCUCGCCAGAAAAACAGCCAACCCACCCCCUCCCCAGGCCCCGUUCUUCCUGGCGUGCUGCCUGGGAGUGCAGGAGAUCUGGGCCAGGUCCUUAUCAGGCCAGAGGGGGAGAGGGCUUUCAGGGGCCGGCGCUUCCUCCGCCACCAGACAGCACGCGCCGGGAACGAGCUGUCUGUGGAAAGAGCGCGUCAACAGGGCCUGAGGAGGAAGCGCUGCGGUCAUCGCCCAAGGCAGACUCUUGGAACAAACACACGGUGCAGGAAUGUGGCCUCGUUGGGGACCUGGGUGAGGGGUUGGGGAGAGGUAAUCUCCAGCAAGGCUGAAGCUGGCGGCAUUCCCUCCCAGAAGCCUAAGCUGGAAAAAGGUCUUGGCUGCAGGCGCACAUUAAGCCAGAUUGAAUGCGCAGCAGUUCGGCUGUCCUUUCCCAAGGCAGAAUUGCAGUUCCUUAAGCUGGAGGUGUGCAGUAUAAUGGCUGCUUUAGUUGAGAUCCCUGCAUUGCAGGGGGUUGGACUAGAUGACCCUUGGGGUCUCUUUCAACUCUACAAUUCUGGGGUGCUUUUUCUUCAUGCUCAUGCUGGGGACCCUGACCACUAAGCAAGCCACCGUCAUUCCCAAGCAGCAACUUGUGCUUUGAGUCCACCACCGACACCAGGAAAAUUCUGCGGGAGCUUCCAUGGAACGUGGUCCAUUUGAACCACGGGAAGGUUUCCUCUGGCGCUCCAGAAUUGAAAAAUCGGGAGCUUUUUGUCUCCCCCCAGUUGGUUCAGAGAGCAUGCUGAACCUGUAUGUACAUGUCCUGGCUACCCACUUGAAUGACUUUGGAAGAGGAUGGAGUAGAUUCACGGAGUGUGUCACAGCACUGUCAGGCAAUGAAUGUCCAGAAGGAGGAGUUAACUCUUUAUUGUCAAAAGUACACUUACAAGUUGGGGAAAGGCAUGUCCACUCAUGCUACCUCCCUCAGCUACGCCAGGUUUGCACCCGAUGAGGCAGUUGCUGCAACAGAGAGCCCUCGCCCCCAGAUUAUGUAUAUUCCCUACCCGAGUUUUGCACUGGCAGGUGCAGACUACGCCUGUGUGUAGCCUGCUUCUACUACUCCCACUUCAAUCCUCUUCUAGUCCUGGGACCCAAAGGGCAGAGAUGCAGCAGGUAGCCUCUUCUGAGGACAGGCAGCCCUCUUGCAAUCACACCCAUGGCAGAACCUCACCCAGUGGCAACCAACUGGAAGUAUUCAAGACGGGCAUGACAAAUUGGGCAGAGAGGCAGCAGAAGUGCUGCUCUGUGGCUGGAUCCUUUGAGCCUAGAGGACUGUGAAUCAUGCUGCUUUCUCCCAAAGCUAGUGCGUACUGCCCUGCCUUUUUGGAAUCAAUCCUCCUCUGGGGGCACGUCUCCACUAAAAACCCAACAGAGGUCAACUGUCACGGGUUUUCCCAUUGCAAGGAACUUUGGGAAUUCCAAAUCGGCCCAGGGGUUAACCGCCUCUUCUCCAAGCUACUGUCCACCAGGGAUGCUGUGGAGAGGAAGCAGUAAAUUCAUUUUAGGUAACUAGACAGCAUCUUAAAAAGUAGAGACAUCACCUUGCCAACAAAGGUCCGUAUAGUUAAAGCCAUGGUUUUCCCAGUAGUGAUGUAUGGAAGUGAAAGCUGGACCAUAAAGAAGGCUGAUCGCCGAAGAAUUGAUGCUUUUGAAUUAUGGUGCUGGAGGAAACUCUUGAGAGUCCCAUGGACUGCAAGAAAUCAAACCGAUCCAUUCUUAAGGAAAUCAGACCUGAGUGCUCACUGGAAGGACAGAUCCUGAAGCUGAGGCUCCAAUACUUUGGCCACCUCAUGAGAAGAGAAGACUCCCUGGAAAAGACCCUGAUGUUGGGAAAGAUGGAGGGCACAAAGAGAAGGGGACGACAGAGGACGAGAUGGUUGGACAGUGUUCUCGAAGCUACCAGCAUGAGUUUGACCAAGCUGCGGGAGGCAGUGGAAGACAGGAGUGCCUGGCGUGCUCUGGUCCAUGGGGUCACGAAGAGUUGGACACGACUAAACAACUCAACAACAACAACUAGAGUUACCUAGCAUUUGGCUAAAAGUCUAAGCUUCUGGAUUCAGCAGCAUCCAUUUCUGGCCCAGGCCAACCCCUCUCGCUCUCCUCCUUGCGCCAGAGUUGUCCUUGGCUGCCGGCGGCUGUUUCUCCAGCUCGCUGUGCAAAACAUCCUCUUCGCCGCUGACCCUGGGCUUGGCCGCCCGCCACAGAGGAUGUUGGCACAGUGAGGGAGCGUCAAGUUGGUGCCGCCACCGUCCAGAGGGGAAAACAGGCUGUCCUCGUGCAGCAGCACUUCCUGUUUACAGGCCCCCAUAAGCCUGUGCUUAACCCUCUGCUGCCUGAAGACCAGCGGCCAUGGCCACUGCAGCAGGCAGAGUUCCCAGCUGGCAAGAGUUCUGCCCUUGGCACAGGGCAGAAGUGACCCAAAAUUCCAAGUCAGUGGCUCACCUCUCCCCUAAAUCUACAGCACAGGGUGGGAAUCAUUUUUCAUUCUCUUAUGGGUAAUGGGGGGCGGGGUGCCGAACAGCUGUGCUGCAAACCAGUGGUGGGCAGGGCCAGAGACAGACCUGGGCAGAGCAAUGGGUGAGACUUUUCCUUUUGUACAGUGUGCUACAUUCCAGCUGUGCGAAGGUCGGAGGUUUUCUAGCAAGAGGCUUCAUCGCCAUUGUAGGACACAGCCCAGGCAGGCAAAAGCACUUUAGGGGCAAGGUUGACAGAAGAGAGUAGCCUGGAGGGAGACGCAGGGGCUGAAAGGCUGCUUUUGCUCCGAGGCUCCCAACCCCCAACCUACCACCCAAAAAGUACAUUGCUUACCUAGAGCUGGUUGUCUUCAACCUUCUCACACCCCAUGACCCACAUUUAACUCACACACAUUUGGAGACCCGUUUCUCAAAUCUUCUAACUUAUAUUUGCACGGCGGUAGCGCUCCUGUUGCGACCCACCAGUUGAAGACAGAAUGUGAAAUUUGUAGCCAUCUUGAUUAGGCGUGAGAAAUCCGAACAUUAAAGCCAUGGGACCUAGAAAUCUGGGGUUUUUCUCUCUCCCAGCGCAGAAUCAUACGGUUCCUUGAACAUAUAAGCUUUUCUUUAAACAUUAAAAUGGGCUCAUACGUCUCAUGAUUAUGGAACACAGCAACAAGAGCAAAAAAUCCUGCAGUCUAUUUCAAACAGCUUAAACUAUAGAGGGAACUUGGUCUGCUCAGCAAGACGGACAGGAGGGCAGAAUGUAUUCUAAGCCAUAGGAGCACCUACCUCCUUAAGAGUACCUGCUGCUGCUGACACAAACAAGGCGCCAUUUGUAUAACAUAUUUCUCCUCUUUGCCAGCAGGGGUGCACAAUGAAGGUGCCGGUUGCGGUCAUCCGCCUGCCCCACGGACCCGACGGGUCAAGCCGCGGCUUCGAUCCCAACUCUCCCCGUUUCCAGGCCCUUGGUCCUGCCAGCCUCUCCUCUGGCAGCACAGCAGACCUAGAGCAGGAGCAGCAAAGUCGUGUGACACUUCGAGAACGCUACCUGCGCAGCCUCUCAGCCAUGGUUGGACGGCCCGUCAGAUUCACCAUGUACGAGAGGGUCAAGGUCACAGCUUUGUUUGGAGCGUCCGACAUUGACAUCCUGAACUUCCAGGUCUCCGAGCUUCAGACUCCACUGGGGAUACAGAGAGAAGCGCUGCUCCGAUGUUCGGACAUCAUCGCAUACUCCUUUGAGCUUUGACAGCUCUGCCUUUUUACUAUUAAAGCACCUUUUAUAAGCAGGUAUUCAG